AUGGAAGCCUUUAGGAAGUGUUUGUUAGGUCCGAGACUAUUUAGAAUGCACAGAUAUGAAAAUAGUCCUGGAAGAGAAUAUCAGGCCAAUGUUGUAGAAUCUGGCUCAGAUAAAUGUUUGAAAGUGUUCAAUUUUUGCUGGUCUCUGUCUUAUUGGAUGUCACCUAUAUUAUUACCAUAUUUAUACAGAAAAGGACUCUUCACAUUAGAAGGUUUAGGAAGUGGAUUUAGAAUAGGAUUAUCUCUAUCUAUAGUUUAUUUUAUAGCAUAUUUUAUCAGAGGUAUAGGAAGAUUUACUAAUAGUGAUUAUUUAGCAUUUAUCAGUGUUCUAUCAACAGCUCAAAAAUCAUUUAACCAACAAAAUAGGAAAUUAUUACAUAGAUAUGAUAGCGAGUUAUGGGCUUGGCCUGUUGAGUUUAAAACAUCAGAUUUUAGUGAUCCAAAGAAAAGAAAUGUGAUAGUAAAGAAAAAAACUAGUCCAUUAUCAUUAGACAAUAUAUAUCUCCAUAUACUCAGUUAUAUGGCAAUUCAUACAUUUGGUAGAAGAAUGGUGUAUCCUGGUACAACAGCUUUGAUGUAUACAUUAGUAGGUGAAACACUUAUACAAGCCAGAGCUAAGCUUAUAGAAGAGAAAAAUGGUAUAAGAGCCAAGUUAAGGACAGAAGAUAAUAAUGAAUUAGAUACAAUGUUUCUAGAUAGAAGAAUGAGUGGUGGAAAUGGUUCAACAUUGGUGAUAUGUUUUGAAGGUAAUGCUGGAUUCUAUGAGAUCGGUUGUACAGGAACACCUAUAGAGUUAGGAUAUUCAGUGUUAGGUUGGAACCAUCCAGGGUAUGCUGAAAGUACAGGUGUUCCUUUUCCUGAUCAAGAACAAAACGCUGUAGAUACAGUCAUGCAGUAUGCUAUACAGAAAUUAGAUUUUACACCAGAUAAUAUAUGUUUAUUUGCCUGGUCUAUUGGUGGCUACAGUGCAUCAUGGGCAGCCAUGACUUAUCCAGAUGUCAAACAAGUGAUAUUAGAUGCUACAUUUGAUGAUAUCAUUCCACUAGCAACUUCAAAGAUGCCUAAAUUUGGAGAAAAACUAGUAGAGUUUACAUUAAAGAAGUACAUGCAUUUGAAUGUAGCUGAUCAACUUAACAAGUAUCCUGGACCAAUUCUUAUCAUUAGAAGAUCUAAAGAUGAAAUUAUUACUACAGAAACCAUUCCUGGUAUUCCACCAAAUAUUACUACUAAUAGAGGCAACUAUCUCCUAAUACGUCUUCUACAAAACAGAUAUCCUAAAUUAAUAACAGAAUCAACAUUAGAAUUAUUACAUGAAUGGUUGGCUGGUGAAAGUUCACAUCAAGAUAUUAUGUUUGUGGAUCAUCUUGUUGAUAGUAGAUAUUGUAAAGCAGCAUUACAAUCCUAUAUAGAAGAACAUUCAGCCAGUUUCCCACUUAAUAUUGGUGAAGAUAUGGACUCAGUAGAAAAGAAUCAGAUGGUUCUAUAUUUAGCAUCUAAAUAUAUGAGAGAUUUUGAUUCAACUCAUUGUACACCAUUACCAACUUCUUUCUUUCAAAAACCAUGGACUUAUACAGAUUAA